AUGUACUAUAUACGUAUUUACGUACAGGCUCAAAGUGAAAAAACUGCUGCACGCAAAUUAUUACAAGAGAAUAAUUUACGUCUAGGACAUUUUACAACUUCAAGACAUGGAGCAAAUUUUGUAGAAACCUGGGUUGAUGGCAUGGCGUUUAGUGAAUUAAAUAGAGAAAAGGAAGAAAUUAAUCGUCUUAAGGAGGAAUUUGAAAAGCAUAAGAAACAAUUACUUAAAAGAAAGCCUCAAGUAUCUACUGCUAAAACGAAAGGAGGGAAAACAUCAAAUAGUAGCGAACAUGAUCAUUUGACUACUGAUGAAUUCUAUGAAAUGGAAGAAAUAUUGAAAUUAAGAGCAGCUGCUAUAAGGAAGAGAGAAGCAGAUGUUUUAGCUGAGUUGGAGAAAUUGGAACGUGAACGUACUCUACAUAUACGGGAAUUGAAACGUAUUCAUAAUGAAGACCAAUCUCGCUUUAAAGACUAUCCAAUUCUAAGUGAAAGAUACCUACUUUUGCAUCUAAUUGGAAAGGGAGGAUUCAGUGAAGUUCAUAAGGCAAUGGAUUUACGAGAGCUACGUCAUGUUGCUUGUAAGAUUCAUCAAUUAAACCGAGAUUGGAAGGAAGAUAAGAAGGCUAACUAUAUCAAGCAUGCUCUUCGAGAAUACAAUAUCCACAAAAAGCUAGAUCAUAUUCGUAUAAUAAAGUUAUACGAUGUUUUCGAAAUCGAUGAAAAUUCGUUUUGUACAGUUUUGGAAUAUAAUAACGGUACGGAUUUGGAUAUUCAUCUAAAGCAGAGUAAAUACCUUCCCGAAAGAGAGGCAAGGUCCAUUGUCAUACAAGUUGUUAGUGCACUACGGUAUUUAAAUGAAAUUAAGCCGCCAAUAAUACAUUAUGAUCUUAAACCAGGCAAUAUUCUCCUGGGCUCGGGGGUUUAUAGUGGUGAAGUAAAAAUUACAGACUUCGGUCUUAGUAAGAUUAUGGAAGACAGCGAUGACUCAAAUUCUGAUGGUUUAGAACUUACUUCUCAGGGGGCAGGCACUUAUUGGUACCUACCACCAGAGUGCUUCAUGAUUGGUAGAGCACCCCCUAAAAUAUCAUCAAAAGUCGAUGUUUGGUCUGUAGGUGUACUUUUAUAUCAAUGCUUAUACGGUAGAAAGCCUUUUGGACAUGACAUGUCACAAUCGGCAAUUCUCGAACAAAAAACUAUCCUCAAAGCGGUAACUGUAGAUUUUCCCAGUAAACCUGCAGUUAGUUCUGAGGCAAAGAAUUUUGUACGGCGGUGUUUACAAUACCGUAAAGAAGAUAGGCCGGACGUUUUAAGCUUAUGCGACGAUCCGUAUUUAAGACCAAAGAAACUGGUUAAUCAAAGUUCCAGUAAUGUUUCCUCUAUUUCAAGCAAUUCCUUACCGUAA